AUGGCUGAGAGAAUGUCCUGCCCCUCUCUCUCUCUCUCUCUCUCUCUCUCUCUCUCUCUCUCUCUCGUAUAUAAACAUGCUUCUUUGAAUGUGACAGGCAAAGCCAAAGCCUCGGGUGACCUUUACGACCAAGGUUGCAGGUACAAUUGGCAGCAUGUCCUCUGUGCCCCACUCUGGCCCAAAUUAACCGCUAAGAAAUAUAGACCUCAAACAAAAAUAAAGACAAUAAGGGCGACGUGUCGCAGCUACAGCCACGACAACGACGACGUGAUAGAGGAAGGUACCACGGUUGUUAGUUACACCGUCACAGACAGUAAAAUUGACGCCAUUGUUAAUGGGGAGGCUCUGACUUUCAAGGAUCAAGGAUAUGUCAAGAUGUCGCCAGAUUCGAUGGCUACCGACACGUCCACAAGAAGGCAGCAACUAACAACCACAUCAGCGGCAACAACGAUACCAUCAGCGACAACAACAAUGACCUCUGUUUCUUCUCCGAUUUAUCGUCCAGUUCAACAGCACUUUAACAACAACAACAACAACAAAUUGUCGUCGUCAUCUUCAACAUCGUUGAAAACGUUCAAAGCACUCUCCAAUCAGUUCUGCAGCAAGAAAGUUAUCUUAGUCAGAUCUUCAGAACAAGAUACCAAUGUCACAGUAACAGCAACAACAGCAGUGAAAGGCUCACACAACUGCAACAACAAUCCCAGCAGCAACAGCAAGCACAUCUGCAACAAACACACAAAGCCAAACUACAACAGCCACGUUAUAGGCAAUGAUGAGAUCUAUAAUGAAUGCUUAAAACAUCAUUUUAUCAUUCAUAACAACCAUAAUAUUUGUAGCAGCAACAAUUAUAAUAACAGCAAUAGUAACAACAACAACAACAAAAGCAGCGAUAUAAACAGCAGCAAUGUUAAUUACGUCGUCAGCUACAUGCAAACGUGCCCGAGCAAUUAUAUACACGACCUUACUAGCAAAAACAAUAAUAACAUCAACAACAACUCAUCCACUAAUGUCAUUAAAAAUACCACUGUAACUAAAUCGGAUCACAUUAAAGAUAGUAACAAUAACAACAACAACAACUAUUUGAACAUGCACGCACGCACCAGAAACAAGACAACCCAGCAGUUGUAUAACACUGAUCUGAAUGGUUACGAGAACCCGAUCAACUACCUCGCCGGUGUAGCCGCUUCAAGUGCUGCAACCACCACCAAACAGAACAAGAAACGAUCAUCACUGUCAAACAUCAUCUGCCAACAAACCAAAUUUCUCCAGGGACCUUCUGAUGACGAUUAUGACAAUGAUGAUGAAGAAGAUGAUGAAGAAGAUGAUGAAGAGGAGGAUGAGGAUGAGGAUGAUGAUAAUGAUGAUGUUGGUGGUGGUAAUGAUGAAAAGUAUUGUAUGCAGGCCUUGAUAAAUGUUGACAAUGUUGAGUUAACUACCCCCACUCCGACUGCUCACAAGAGGAAGUCGUUGUUGAUGACUUUGUUAAAGGGUAGUCCCAACAAUGCUGCCAACAGUGUUGCCAACAAUGCAAGCAACAUUUUGAAUGUUGACAGGGUUGGUUACGAUAAUUUAGAUUUUACCGUUGAAGCGUCACACAAUACAGCAUGUCCAUCGAACCAACAGUCAGAGCUCGAUUCUAAACAUAUCGACCAACAAAACAAGCCAACAAAUUUUUUUAAUUUAUUUAAAGGCAGCAACUCUGCAAGUAACAACAGCAGCAGCAGCAACAACAACAACAAAACUUCCGCCUCCUCCUCAGGUUGCAAGAUCAAUCCCACAUUCAAUCACAAGCCUUACACCACUGCCUUCGUUCCCUCAUCCAUCCACCCGCUAUCAAAUCCAUCACCAAUCAUUGAUACGUCUUCAUCCGUUGAUACAAAAAAUGUUGACAGUCUUGUUGCGGCAACAAACAACAAUGUUGCGGUGUUUGAUGCAGUGAUUCCAACAGGCACUAAGGUUGAGAAACCGAAUAAUUGUUACAGCAACGUGUACAGGAACCCAAAAUUUGUUUCUGGCAACGUCGUCAACGAACAUGAUGUGUCUCCUGCCACCGGCAACAACGCGCCUCUACCAACAUCAGCGAUGCUGCAGGCACCGUUAAAUGUAUGCUCCAACUACACGACUGUGUUGCGCAACGUACCGAAUGUCGUCAAGAGACCAACUUCAUUCGCACAAGCCGUCCACAACAACAAUUACCUGCCGCCACUCAACAGAAACAGGCUGCUCAACAACAACAACAACAUUAAUUUUUACACUCCGCAAACAACUUCUUACACAAACAACAUCAAAAACAUCACUCACAACAACAACAACAAUUUCUAUACACCUCAAAGCCCUCACAAGCAACAACACACCACCACCAUCGACAACGACCAACAAUCAACAUCUCUAUCUUCUCUGCCUAGCGUGACGAAUAAAUUAUUAGGCGAAACGUCAAACUUCUCAUCGGACAGGUCUAUAGACGAGCCCUUAGUCAGAGCACCGAUGGCCUCGUUAUCAGAGGAGGAUUUUGAUUCACAAGCCAAUCUAUCAUCGUUUGAAAUCAGCGUAUGA